AGGGUACAGCGCGCAGAUAAAGGUUCUCCCGGAUGAGCUGCUGCAGUUGACUGUCCAUGGAGGUUGGUGUGAAACAUUUACUGAGGUACAGACGGAGGUCUUUACACAGAGACGCGCCUGUGAUACAGAGAAUGACGUCACCUUAGCGCCUGAACCGUUAGGAGGAAGAUGACUGGGUCAUGUCUGUUUUUUUAAGCAUCAACCGUCCAAUAUUCAACAACAACAAUAAUAAUGAGCCAUGAAGGGACCAACAUGAAUGCCUGAAGUGGAGCCUGAAGUGGACCACCAGAAGACAUGCAGCACAACCACAAAAGCGCAGCACGUAACGGCUACGCCAACGCUGUGGAUGGUGAAGAUGGUGGCGGCGAGGGUGAGGAAGGUGGGGAGGAGGAUGGAGGAGAAGGAGGAGGCGGAGGUGGGGGAGAGGAGAGAGACAGCGGGGACUGGGACGAGGAGCUGGAAGGGGACGACCAGGGAGUGAGAAUGACUCGGACAGAUACCCUCCACUCGACCACCAGUUCCACCGGAACGCAACGUAGGAGAGGACAACAUGCAAAGAAACAGGUCCAGGGAACCAAUCAGGUCCAGCGAGCUCCCCGAGCGCUGUACUGCCUGAAGCUCAACAACCCAAUCAGACGUGCUGCGCUGUCUAUUGUUGAGUGGAAGCCUUUUGACAUCUUCAUUCUGUUAGCCAUCUUUGCUAAUUGUGUGGCACUGGGUGUGUCCAAACCGUUUCCUGAGGAUGACUCCAACUCCACCAACCAUGACCUGGAACAAGUGGAGUAUGUCUUCCUCAUCAUCUUCACAGUGGAAACCUUCCUGAAGAUCUUGGCUUACGGUUUGGUCAUGCACCCAAGUUCUUACAUCCGCAAUGGCUGGAAUCUUCUGGACUUUGUUAUUGUCAUCGUCGGGUUGUUCAGUGUCGUCUUGGAGACCAUGACCCACAAGUCAGGGGAGCAGGCGAGUACGCACCACAUGCCAGGCAAACCUGGAGGUCUGGAUGUCAAAGCGCUGCGCGCCUUUCGGGUCUUGCGGCCCCUCAGGCUGGUUUCCGGUGUUCCGAGUCUGCAGAUUGUGCUGAACUCUAUCAUGAAGGCGAUGGUUCCGCUGCUCCACAUCGCUCUGCUGGUCCUAUUCGUCAUCAUCAUCUAUGCCAUCAUCGGCCUGGAGCUCUUCAUCGGACGCAUGCACAGAACUUGCUACUACAUAGAAAGUGACACCUACGUGGAGGACGACCCUGUGCCGUGCGCCUUCGCGGGUCACGGCCGCCAGUGCGCGGUGAACGGCACUGAGUGUCGCGGCCGUUGGGACGGGCCCAAUGGCGGCAUCACCAAUUUCGACAACUUCUUCUUCGCCAUGUUGACGGUGUUCCAGUGCAUCACCAUGGAAGGCUGGACCGACGUCCUCUACUGGAUGAACGACGCUAUCGGUUUUGAGCUCCCGUGGGUCUAUUUCGUCAGUCUGGUCAUCUUUGGUUCCUUCUUCGUUCUCAACCUGGUUCUUGGUGUCCUCAGUGGAGAGUUCAGCAAAGAGAGGGAGAAGGCGAAGGCUCGUGGCGAUUUCCAGAAGCUCCGCGAGAAGCAGCAGAUGGAGGAGGACCUGUGUGGAUACAUGGAUUGGAUCACUCAGGCUGAGGACAUGGACGAGCUGGAUGAGGCUGGAAACUCCCGUCCCUCUCUGGGUGAUUUGUCAGACAAGAAGAGAGGGAAGUUUGGAUGGUUCAGUCACUCUAAUGAAACACACGCAAGUCUUCCCGCUAGCGAAACAGCUUCUGAGAACACGGAAAACAUUGAUGAAGAACAUACUGACUGCUGCCAGGCCUGCAGUGCUCGAAUGAUGAAGAUCGGCUGCUGUCGGACGUUGCGACGCUGGAACCGUGUGUGUCGCAGGAACUGUCGUACCGCCGUCAAAUCGGUGACGUUUUAUUGGGUGGUCCUGCUGCUCGUCUUCCUCAACACUUCCCUCAGUGCCUCGGAGCACUACAACCAACCUGAUUGGCUGACGCAGGUGCAGGAUAUCGCCAACAAGGUACUGCUGUCACUGUUCACGGUGGAGAUGCUGCUGAAGAUGUACAGCCUGGGCCUGGCGCAUUACUUCGUGGCGUUCUUCAACCGCUUUGACUGCUUCGUGGUGUGCGGCGGCAUCGUGGAAACUAUUCUGGUGGAGCUGGACAUCAUGCCACCGUUGGGAAUCUCCGUGCUACGUUGUGUCCGCCUGCUGCGUAUCUUCAAGGUCACACGCCAUUGGACAGCUCUGUCCAACCUGGUAGCGUCUCUGCUCAACUCCAUGAAGUCCAUCGCCUCGCUACUGCUGCUUCUUUUCCUCUUCCUCAUCAUCUUCGCCCUGCUGGGCAUGCAGCUCUUUGGCGGAAAGUUCAAUUUCGAUGAGACACAGACCAAGCGCAGCACCUUCGACGCCUUCCCGCAGGCGCUGCUCACCUGCUUUCAGAUCCUGACCGGCGAGGACUGGAACGUGGUGAUGUACGACGGCAUCAUGGCGUACGGCGGCCCUGUCUUUCCUGGGAUGAUUGUCUGCAUCUACUUUGUUAUUCUCUUCAUUUGCGGAAACUACAUCCUGCUCAACGUCUUCUUGGCCAUUGCUGUGGACAAUUUGGCCGGAGGGGAUGGAGACGACAAGGCAAAAGAGAAGAAGACGGAGGAAGCCGAGGAAGAGGUGGAGGAGAAGGAAGUGAAGGUGGACAUUGAUGAAGACACCGAGUACGAGGAAGAAGAGGAGAUUCCGGAAGGCGAAGAUGAUGGCGGUGUGCAGCUCAAAAUGGCUGACCUGGCCCCACCCAAGGAAAAGAUUCUUCCCAUCCCGGACGGCAGUGCGUUCUUCUGCCUCAGCAAGACCAAUCCCAUCCGAGUGGCGUGCCACACUCUAAUCCACCACCACAUCUUCACCAACCUCAUCCUGGUCUUCAUCAUCCUCAGCUCAUGCUCACUGGCCGCCGAGGAUCCCAUCAGAGCGCACUCCUUCCGCAACAACGUUCUGGGUUAUGCCGACUACGCCUUCACCUCCAUCUUCACAGUGGAAAUCUUGUUCAAGAUGACAGUCCACGGAGCGUUCCUGCACCAGGGCUCCUUCUGCAGGAACUGGUUCAACUUGCUGGAUCUCCUCGUCGUCAGCGUAUCACUCGUCUCCUUCUUUUUGCAUUCCAGUGCAAUCUCAGUGGUCAAGAUCCUGAGGGUCCUCCGUGUGCUCAGACCUCUGAGGGCCAUCAACAGAGCCAAAGGCCUCAAGCACGUGGUCCAGUGUGUUUUUGUGGCUAUCAGGACCAUCGGAAAUAUCAUGAUCGUCACAACGUUGCUCCAGUUCAUGUUUGCAUGUAUCGGAGUACAACUGUUCAAGGGUAAAUUCUAUCGUUGUACCGAUGAGGCCAAGCACACUCCUGAACAGUGCAAAGGGACGUUUGUGGUGUACAAAGAUGGAGAUGUAAACCAUCCAAUGGUGCGAGAAAGAAUUUGGCACAACAGUGACUUCAAUUUUGAUAAUGUGCUCAUGGGAAUGAUGGCACUCUUCACUGUGUCCACGUUUGAGGGCUGGCCUGCUCUGCUAUACAAAGCCAUCGACGCCAACGGGGAGAACUCGGGUCCCAUCUACAACUACCGUGUGGAAAUUUCCAUCUUCUUUAUCGUCUACAUCAUCAUCAUCGCCUUCUUCAUGAUGAACAUCUUCGUGGGUUUUGUUAUCAUCACAUUCAGGGAGCAGGGCGAGCAGGAGUACAAAAACUGUGAACUGGACAAGAACCAGCGCCAAUGCGUCGAAUACGCUCUGAAGGCUCAGCCCCUUAAGCUCUACAUCCCCAAGAACCCAGUCCAGUACAAGUUCUGGUCCAUCAUCAACUCCACGGUCUUCGAGUACGUCAUGUUUGUGCUCAUCCUGCUCAACACCGUCACGCUCGCCGUCCAGCACUACGAGCAGUCCAAGACCUUCAGCCACAUCAUGGACAUUCUCAACAUGGUCUUCACUGGACUCUUCACCGUUGAAAUGCUGCUCAAACUAUUAGCCCUCAGACUUAGGCAUUACUUUGUGGAUGCAUGGAAUUCCUUCGACGCUCUCAUCGUGGUUGGCAGCGUGGUGGACAUUGUGGUGACAGAGUUCAGCGUACGUAAACAACCAGCAAAAACAAGUAUGUGUGUGUUUGUACAGCUAAUGGACUGUCACUCACCGGUGUGUGUGUUCUUGUGUUUGUAUCAGAGCGGAGAGGACAGCUCUCGAGUGUCUAUCACGUUCUUCCGCCUCUUCCGAGUGAUGCGAUUGGUCAAGCUGUUAAGCAAAGGGGAGGGCAUCCGCACCUUGCUGUGGACCUUCAUCAAGUCGUUGCAGGCGCUGCCGUAUGUUGCCUUGCUCAUUGCCAUGAUUUUCUUCAUUUACGCCGUCAUCGGCAUGCAGACGUUUGGGAAGAUUGCCAUGCAGGAUCACACACAGAUCAACAGGAACAACAACUUCCAGACUUUUCCUCAGGCUGUCCUCCUCCUCUUCAGGUGUGCGACGGGCGAGGCAUGGCAGGAGAUCAUGCUGGCCAGUCUUCCUGGGAAACGCUGCGAUCCCGAGUCCGACCACGAGCCGGGAGAAGAGUUCACUUGUGGGAGCAACUUUGCCAUUGUUUACUUCAUCAGCUUCUUCAUGCUCUGCGCUUUCCUGAUCAUCAACUUGUUUGUGGCUGUCAUCAUGGACAACUUUGACUACCUAACCCGUGAUUGGUCUAUCCUGGGCCCACAUCACCUGGAUGAGUUCAAAAGGAUCUGGUCAGAAUACGAUCCGGAGGCCAAGGGUCGCAUUAAACAUUUGGACGUUGUGGCUCUACUUCGGAGGAUACAACCUCCUCUCGGCUUUGGAAAACUGUGCCCUCAUAGAGUCGCCUGUAAGCGUCUGGUGGCUAUGAACAUGCCUCUAAACGCAGAUGGCAUGGUGACCUUCAACGCCACCCUCUUUGCGCUGGUCCGCACGGCACUAAAGAUCAAGACAGAAGGCAACCCAGACCAGGAGAACGAGGAGCUGAGGGGGAUCAUUAAGAAGAUCUGGAAGAGAAUGAAACCAAAACUCCUGGAUGAAGUCAUUCCACCGCAUGAAGAGGAAGAAGUGACAGUUGGGAAGUUCUACGCCACCUUCCUGAUCCAAGACUACUUCCGCAAGUUCCGGAAGAGAAAGGAACGAGGGGGUCUAAGUGUGGAGACUGAUGCCACCAACCCUUCAGCUGUACAGCUGUGUAAAGCGGGUCUGAAGACUCUGCAGGAUCUCGGUCCAGAGAUGCGUAUGGCCCUUGAUGAAGACCUGGAUGAGGAAGAGGAGGAGGAGGAAGAAGAAGAAGAAGAGGCGGAGGAGAGCAUGAGGGAUGAGGAAGAGAUGGACACAGUGGGUCCACAUAAAGACCGACGAGGAUCCGGAAGAGUCAUAGGUGACAGCGGCGUGGUAAACGGCGGUUUGAUCCAUCGGGUCGGUUCUCUCGGCAAGAUGUCUAACGGCGGCGAUAACGACACUCGCAUCUCACGGCGAGACAAUCUGAGGUCAUCUGUCAACCAUCACCAACGCCGACCCUCAGUCAGGAAUGGCCUUCUAGACCACACUCACAAGAGGCCGUCACAUUACAAACACGGAAGGAGGGAUUUGAGGGAAAAACACUGGAGAAAUGGAGACAUGGACAUGUCUAGAGAGUCACGUUACUACACAAGAGAAGACGACGCAGACAGCAUCACAUCCACAGAAAGAUAUUACCCUGAUGAUCCUAUGCACCAUGAUGGCCACGCCCCCUAUAGUCACUAUGGUAACGGCUACACCGAGGCGAGGAGGACAACACGGCGGCGUCUUCUUCCGGCCACACCCACAGGUCGAAAGCCGUCGUUCAACAUUCAGUGUCUGAGACGUCAGGGCAGCAGCGACGACUUGCCCAUGCCUGGAACGUACCACCCUAAUUCUCCUCCACGCCGUUCCCGCACUCAGACGUACAGCAGUUACGACUGUCCUCCGUCGUCCGGUCGCUCCUCUGUGACGUCCUCCACAUCCUGGGCCAAUCCGUGUCCUCGUCGCGGUCGCCUCCUGUAUGCUCCUCUCAUUCUGGUGGAGGAGGAGGGCAGCCCGUCGUGGGGGCGAGCCGGAGGAGGAGAACAAGGAGGAGGAACAGGAGGAGGCUGCCAGGACAAGCUGGCGGGAGUUGGAAGAGGAGUUAACGUGACGGGAGCGGCGCCAAGUCCUGCCUGGUACGGCAGCCCGGGAGCCCCGCCUCCUUACAGAGCCUACACCACCCUCAGAGUUCCUUCGCAGCUCGGGGCUCCGUUUGGCGAGAAACGAGGCUCGGCCGACAGCCUGGUGGAGGCGGUUCUCAUCUCUGAAGGUCUUGGCCUUUACGCACGUGAUCCUAAAUUUGUGGCGUUUGCUAAGCGGGAGAUAGCGGAUGCAUGUCACAUGACCGUGGACGAGAUGGAAUCGGCUGCCAGCGACCUGCUGGGAUCCGCGAGCCACGACUUCCUCAACACCACCAGUGGAGAUCCCGCUGCACUCUACAGCGACGAGGAGCCAAUCAGGGUGAGCCGAGAAGAGGAAGAGCUGGCCGACGAGAUGAGCUGUGUGACGUCAUUUUGAUGGACAGAUGCUCACGGCAAAUCAGAGACCAGGGAGGUGGGUCGUCGGCAAAUUCUCGCAGGAAGUAAAAACUCAUUCAAGGAAGUAGCAGAGGAAGGAAGAUGGCCACAAUGUGCAUGUGCGUGGCGGCCUAAAGUCGCACAUCAGACGCGACCUUGCCAAGUGGGCGGUGCAGGCGAACCUCCGCGUGUUUACAAACAACAGCUGCAGAAGAAAAACUUACAGUUGGGUGCUAUCUGUUAGCAUUGUCCAGCUAGCUGUACAGUUCAAAUCAUUGACUUAUUUCUCCUCAUUUUGAUACUCUGGACAUUUUAAAUGUCUCCCAACAAACACGACAUUCUUGCUAUUAUUUAAUUUGAGCCAGUUUAGCACAAACAUUAUUGUCUCUUUUGGACAUUAUGAUGCCGUAUUAGCCUAGCCUUAGCACAAGCUCACUGCUAACUGCAAAGGGACGACCAACCGGAUUUCUAGCCGACCUUCACUGUGCGAUCAGAAAGAGAGCUGCCAUGUUGCAUGAGGGACAAUGGUUUCAAGUUCAACAAUGACGGCGUGCAAAACGUUGCGUUUUAACUAAGGCAUGUUUAAUUAUUCAUUUGUGGAGUACAUAGCAAUAAAAGAAAACUUUGCUACUUUUUCCAAGCGCUCCUCGUUGCUAUAUCUGAAGCUGUGACGCGUCUGAUGGAUGUGGUACUCUUGACUAAUCAGAGAGAAUUAUACAGCGUACAGACAUGACUAAUUGAAAUAAACUGGUCAGGCAUGAUAAAUGAAAAUGAGUUGAUGAGUCAUAAACAAAAGAAAUAAGUUGAGUGAGAAUGCCUAAUUGACAAAAGGUAAUCCAGACACAACUAAUUGAAAUAAAUUGAUUGGCCGAAGAACAUGUUGACUGGGAGGAAGUUGUUUCGACUAAUCGAAAUAAGUUGAUCACGCAUGACUAAUGGGAAAAAAAUUUAAUCAAUCAUCACUAAUAUGUGACUACUAAGUGACCAAGUGACAAAUAUGAUUCUGACAUGACUUUUCAGAAUGACUUAAUCAGUAACAAAUAGGUAAUCAGGCAUGACUAAUCAAAUGAAGUCCAUCCCACUCAAUGUAAACAAAAUUUAAUUCAGUUGAUCAAGUUCAUCAGACUUGAGUAAUCAAAGGGUUAAGACUAAUAGUAAAAGGUGUGCUAACUAGAUUCACUGGGAGAGUACGUAGCAACAAAAAGCUUUUUUGCACUUUUUUCUAGUUGUCUGUAUACUGUCCAAUGGAUGAGCUACUUCUCAUUAGGGGGUAGCCAACAUGUGGAAGCUAUGGCGUACCAUUGCUUAAAUUUUAUAUCGUUUUUGCAACUACCGGAAGGUGUUUUUUGUUUUUGAUCAAAUUUUUGUUGUCAAAUUUGAUUGUUUUUCUAAAUUGAUGCUGACCAUCAGCCGCUCUUGUGUCUUCUCGUGUUCUUCCUGACUGUCGACCGAAGGGCUCACUAAGAAAUUCCCUCCAAAUUUCAGUCACGUCAUCAAGUCAACCGUGCGUACCUCAAAUAAAAAAACACCUGAAAACACA